CGCGUUUCAUUUCACCUCAGGUGGAGAAGCAACAGCCAGCAACUGCUCUCUUUUUCCUUAACACCACGACCUCCAAAAGACCUAAUUUCCAUCUCCUUCUCGCCGUCUGCAGCAAUGGGAAAAUUGACUUCAAUGUUGGGUCUCCUCUUGACACACCCUUUUGAGUUCAGGACCCUUGUUCAUUUCUACCUUUACCAUGAGACGAAACGCGACAUCACUGCUCAGCAAGAGCACCCCACGUCAGGCUGGGACCGCGCCUCUAUGCGCCGCUGCUGGGAAUUCCUUGACAUGACAAGCAGAAGUUUUGCAGCUGUCAUCAAGGAGCUUGACGGUGACCUUGCAAGGACGAUUUGCAUGUACUACCUCGUUAUGCGCGGCUUGGACACGAUUGAAGAUGACAUGACUAUCCCCGACGAAAAGAAGCAGCCAAUACUCCGCAAAUUUCACGACUUGACAGUAACGCCCGGCUGGAACUUCACAGAGAACGGCCCUGAUGAGAAAGAUCGACACCUGCUGCUUGAAUACCACAUCGUCGUAGAAGAAGUCAAUAGACUACCACCCCAAUUCAAGACCGUCAUACUUGACAUCUGUCAGAAAAUGGAGAACGGCAUGGCGGAUUACGCACAUAAAGCCGCAACCAACGGCACUAUUUACCUCGAGACUAUUGCGGACUACGACCUUUACUGUCACUAUGUCGCAGGCCUCGUAGGUGAAGGCCUCACUCGCAUCUGGUCAGCUUCAGGUAAAGAGGCAUCCUUCCUCUGCGAUCAACUUGAGCUAGCGAACUCGAUGGGCCUUCUCCUCCAAAAGACCAACAUCAUCCGUGAUUUCCGGGAAGACGUCGAGGAGAGACGUUUCUUCUGGCCCCGAGAAAUCUGGGCUAAAUAUGGCUUCAACGAAAUGAAAGACAUGUACGAGAAGGGUGAUGUUGAGCAUGCCACAUGGAUACAAAGCGGCAUGGUUCUCGAUGCUCUGCGACACGCAUGCGACUCUUUGGACUACCUGCGCUUGCUCAAGAACCAGAGCGUGUUCGUGUUCUGUGCAGUCCCUGUCGCCAUGGCAAUGGCUACAUUGUCUCUUUGUUUCAUGAACCCGGAUAUGUUCCAACGCAAUAUCAAGAUUCGAAAAGCGGAGGCUGCUCAUCUUAUCAUGCGGUCAACGAAUACGAGAGAGGUCGCCCUAAUCUUCCGGGAGUACGCACGGAAGAUCCACCACAAGGCGAAACCGCAUGAUCCGAACUUUCUCAAAAUUUCGGUGAUGUGCUGCAAGAUCGAACAAUGGUACGAACAGAAUUUCCCUUCGUUCGUCAUACUCGGUGAAAAGGGGCCGCAAUACGACACCUCGGACAAGAGAACGGCCAUCUUCAGAGCAGAAGAGAAGCGUGCGGCAGAGCGCAUUGCCUUGGACCCCAGAAACAAACCCAUGCCUCAGGACUUAUUCCCAUGGGAGCUUGCGACUUAUGUCGUUGGCGCGAUGGUGCUCAUACUGGGCCUGAGCGUGCUUGUCGUGUGGCUCAUGCUCAAGUUCAUUCCACAAGCAUAAAGUUUUGGUUUGGUUUGUUCGCAUGUUUGGUAUUUUUGGAUAUUUGGAAGAUGCAGUAGAUACCAUACCCCCUCAAGCUUACUGUUACCCAUAAUGGACUGAGAUGCUUUUUUUGAUUUCGUUACUUAUCUUUGUGCAUCCUGUCGAUGUUGUGUUGUUUGGUGGAGGUGAUAGUUAAAUUGGAGUGUUGUUGCGUGGAUGAGUUGUGUACUUGUAAGCUACUUUCGAAGGGAGGAUGGAGGACUUGGGAAUUUAUGGCGGGCAGACGAGUGACCGCAUCGAAGAGUCUUGAUCAUGACACGUACGGAAUUGCUUAUAUCACGGCUGUGUUUUGUGUUUACAUUGCGGUUACAAAUAUGCUGACAAAUGAGCCCA